UUGAGGUGGGCCCGCCUAACGUUGCGAGAAACAAAAAAAAUAAAAAAUAAAAAAUAAAAAAGGGGGCCGGGUUACACUAAUUUCGGCCAUUUGGAUUCUUCCGUUGGCUUCUGUUUCUUUCAGAUGGCUAAAAAUUGAUUGGAUUUGUGUAAAGAUGAGACCUUGAAUGCAUUAGCGCCGUCUUUCGGAAGUUAUGAUUAGAUUUUCGCUGUUUAGAAGAUCCAAAUUGCCAAUUUUCACACUCACCCACCAAUUUGAUCCUUUGGCCUGUUUCCCUCGAUGCGGUUUUCUCGCAAACGCUGCUGAAUCGGUGAUAGAAGAGGAUUAUUACGUUAGCCGAUCGCCCAGGUUCGAUUCUUUUGCUUACGCCCGAACCUUGCAGGCUUGCAUUGCCAACGGGGAUCAAUUUAGAGGCACAGCAGUUCACUGCCAUGCUCUUAAGAAUGGUGGAUGUUUGGAUUUGUUCUGUUGGAACAUUCUACUCAACAUGUACGUGAAAUUCGAUCUUGUUGGUGAUGCCUGUAACUUGUUUGGAGAAAUGCGUGAGAGAAAUAUGGUUUCUUUUGUCACCUUAAUCCAGGGUCGCGCUCAGUGUGGCCAAUUCUUAGAAGCAGCUCAGCUUUUUCUCAGGCUUCAUAGAGAAGGCCAUGAGCUUAAUCAAUUUGUGUUCACAACGAUUUUGAAACUCUCUGUGAUUAUGCAACUGCCAGAGCUUAGUUGGUAUGUUCAUGCUUGCAUUUGUAAGCUUGGCCAUGAUUCAAAUGCAUUUGUGGGGACGGCUGUAAUUGAUGCUUAUUCACUUUGUGGUCUUGUUGCUGAUGCAAGGAAGGUGUUUGAUGGAAUCAAAGGGAAGGACAUUGUUGCUUGGACUGGGAUGGUUUCCUGUUAUGCUGAGAAUGAUUGCCCCAAGAGUGCCUUGCAAAUCUUCUCUAGAAUGAGGAAAGAUGGCUUGAAGCCAAACAACUUUACACUGACUAGUUUGCUCAAGGCUGCUGUUUCCUUGCUAUCACUAGACUUAGGCAAAAGUAUACAUGGUUGCUCGAUAAAAACUUCUUAUGGAUCGGACCCUUAUGUGGGUGGUGCUUUGCUUGAUAUGUAUGCGAAGUGUGGAGAUGUUGAGGAUGCCCGCUCGGUUUUUGAGGUGGUUCCCCAUCAUGAUGUUAUUCUUUGGAGUUUCAUGAUUGCUCGGUAUGCUCAAAGCAAUCAGAAUGAGGAGGCAUUGGAGCUUUUCCAUCAAAUGAGGCAAGCUUCAGUAGUUCCAAAUGAAUUUAGUUUUUCUAGUGUUUUACAAGCUUGUGCAAAUAUGGGAGGCUUGAACUUGGGCAAGCAGGUCCACGGUCAUGUUGUGAAGAUAGGUUUUGACUUGGAGAUUUUUGUGGCAAAUGCACUCAUUGAUGUUUAUGCUAAGUGUGGAGAUACGGAGGCCUCAAUGGACCUUUUUUCUCGAUUGCCCCAUGGUAAUGAUGUGAGUUGGAAUACAAUGAUUGUUGGUUAUGUUCAAUUAGGUUUUGGAGAGGAUGCUCUGAGGCUCUUUCAGCAGAUGCGAGUUGCUCAGGUACCGGGGACGCAGGUCACCUAUUCUAGUGCACUUCGGGCUUGUGCAAGCAUAGCAGCCAUUAAAUUGGCAAGUCAGGUUCACUCCAUGAUUGCCAAAACCCCAUUUAACACUGAUAUUGUGGUAAGUAACUCUCUUGUUGAUACAUAUGCUAAGUGUGGGAGCAUCAAAGAUGCUCGCAGGGUCUUUGACAUGAUGAGAGAGCAUGAUGUGAUUUCUUGGAAUGCUAUGAUCUCAGGAUAUGCUAUACAUGGUUUAGGUCUGGAUGCUUUAAGUUUGUUUAGGAAGAUGAGGGAAAUGAAGGUUAAGGCCAAUGAUGUGACUUUUGUUGGUGUUCUAUCAGCAUGUAGCAAUAUAGGUUUAGUGAACCAGGGCUUGUUGUAUUUUGAAUCUAUGGAUAGGGAAUAUGGCAUUGAACCUUGUAUGGAGCACUACACUUGCAUGGUUGGGCUUUUGGGACGUUCGGGCCGUCUCAAUGAUGCCAUGAAAUUUAUUGAAAAAAUCCCAAUGAAACCUAGUCCUAUGGUUUGGCGUGCAUUGCUUGGUGCUUGUUUGGUCCACAAAAAUAUCGAGAUAGGGAGAAUUUGUGCACAAAAGGUGCUUGAGAUGGAACCGCAAGAUAAGACAACAUAUGUCUUGUUAUCAAAUUUGUAUGCUGCAGGAGGAAGUUGGGACAAUGUGGCCCUCACCAGGAAAUCCAUGAGGAAUAAAGGAGUGAAAAAGGAGCCUGGCCUCAGCUGGAUUGAGAUUCAGGGUGAAAUCCAUUCUUUUUCUGUUGGAGAUGCAUCCCACCAAGAUAUGAGGGUGAUCAAUGCAAUGCUGGAAUGGCUACAAAAGAAGACCAAGAAAGCAGGCUAUGUUCCAGAUGGUAGUGUAGUCUUACAUGAUAUAGCAGUGGACCAAAAAGAACGUUUGGUAUGGGUUCAUAGUGAGAGGCUGGCCUUAGCAUAUGCACUUAUAAGGGUACCAUCUGGAAGUCCCAUCCGUAUUAUCAAGAAUCUUCGUUUUUGCUCAGACUGUCAUGCUGCAUUCAAGAUAAUAUCUAAGGUUGUUCAACGUGAAAUCAUUGUGAGAGAUAUGAACCGUUUUCAUCAUUUGGUGAAUGGAAUUUGCUCCUGUGAUGAUUAUUGGUGAUACGUUAUUUUUCACGAGCGAUAUUAUAAAUGCACAUCAUCUGCAGCCCACCUAAACUGAUGCCGCUGAGCCUUGUACCAGGAACUGCCACACCUUGUCUAUGGGCAGUUGAGGGAUGUAUAGCCUCUAUCGGUUGUUGACUGGCUGAAAUUUAAACACAUUCCAAAAAGGAAAGUCUAAGCCUGUAGUGAUUGUUGUCAGAAAAGCAGGCUUUUUUUACACCCACAUGCAAGUGAGAAGUCUUCCAAUAUCCAAGGAAUGUUUCUUAUCUUAGUUUGCAGGAUGCACAUUUAUCCCACAAUUUGUAGCAGUGCCCUCUUUCUUCAAACAAAACAUGUGAUGCCGUGGGUGGAGGGCUUUGAGGACUGAUGGUAUUCUAUUUUAUGUCAGUCUCUGUCAAGGAGUGAUUCUACAUGUACCAUGUGAUCCCAGGAUUGCUGGAUGUCAGUCGAGAAGUUGAUACAAAGUGCAUGUUUCCAUGGGACAUUUACUUGCUAUACAAAUGACGGCUGUCAAGCUUUGUGAAGCAUGGAACUAUCUUCAAUGGGCCAAAGCAGUGGAAAUUUUUGUCAAGGCAAAUGGAAAGCAUGAUUAUAUCAUUGACAAUCCUCCUGCUGAUGGUAACAAGAUGAAGGAAUGGUGGCAAGAAAACUUUGAAGUCAUGACUUCAUAGAUGCUAGAACUUAGACCUACCAGUUAGACAUUAUAGCAGGAGCUGGAUUUUGGAACUAGAUGGAAUGGAACAUUCAAGAUCAAUUGGUGGCCACCUUCAGAUAUGGCAUCAGGAGACAGACGACGACCUUUGCGUUCACAGCUCGCUGCAGAUACCUCGGAGGUUGAGGCACCUCCACCGAUCUCCGUUGCCACACCGGCUCUACUAUCAAAGGGUCCUGCACCGGCAGGUCCCAGUGAGGCGGAUCUCAGUGAGGCGGGUUCCAGUGGUGAGUCUUCAUUGGUGGUGAGGCGAGAAGAACCUCGUUCUAGAGCGUUGGAGAUGCGAGCACCCAGAACAGUAUCUCCGGAUCGAGAUACCGGUCGAUUACACCAGACCCAUUAGUGGAUGGUGUGAGCCAUGGCAGACUGAGCUAGGCAUCAUAUGCCGCAGUUAUGCCCUCGUGAUAUUCUUCGAUUGGCGUCACAUUUUACCAACUCAGAGAGGUUUUCUACACCCACUUACAGGGUGUAUUUGACAUCGCUGAUUUUGAAGAAGAUCGUGUGAGACGAGCCAUCGACACUCAGUUAUCGUUACGUUUCAAGGACUAUCGCCAUCACAUGCAUCAACAUUGGUAUCGGGUGGUACAGGAUCAUGGAGAGGAGGUAGCACGGCAGCAGCCCUAUGACAGCAUCACCAUGGACGAUUGGACUACCAUAUGCCGGCAUUACGAGGAUCCGGCAUAUCAGGUUGUUAGCUGCAGCAAUCGAGACCCGGCAUCUUUAAACCAUGGCAACAGGAAGAGUGCCACUUACUCGUGGAUAGAUGUGAUGUGUCCGAAGAGCAAAAAGGAUGACUUAUCCUGUGAUCCAUCAUCCGGAUACCAAAUUGUGCCAUCUGAAAUAUUACCGUUGUCCACAAAUCUUUUCGAGCCGAAGAGGAAAUUAAUCCAUUUUCUGAAAAAGAAUUCAUCUUUUUGGCAAUGGAUGCUGCCAUCUUGGAUAUUGCUACUUGGAUUAAAAUAGAAUAAAGAUAAUUAUUUUGUGCAAUGAACGCCGCUAUUGCAUUAAGGCUCCGGAGGUGUUGAUGUAGCUGAGAGAGGAGGGUGAUUUGGACAUUGGGAUAUCAAAUAGAUUUGCAAAAGAUGCCCAUUCACACCGGAGGUGGGGCUUUCGGUAGGAGACUCUUUGAUGAUUAAGUUAGCAAGGGUU